CCCAUACCCACACACGAUGUCAUUAUCCUGCCAGUCCGCAGCUCGCAGCUGCAUACGAUCUCUCCGACCAUCCUCAUCCCUCCGCGUUUCCACAGCUUCCCUUGCACAAAGAAGAAAUCCUUCCGCGAGAUGGGCAUCCACAGAGGCAGCGUCAGCGAACCCAAAGAUCUCCGGGAUUGUAGACCAAAUCAGUCAAUUGACUUUAUUAGAGACAGCUGAUUUAGUUGCCAGCUUAAAGUCACGACUAAAUAUUCCCGAUAUGCCAAUGGGGGGAUUUUCUGCUGGUCCUGCCCAAGCCGCUGCACCAGUUGAGGAGGAAGACGCUGCACCAGUACAACAAGAGAAGACUUUGUUCAACCUGAAGUUGGCUUCAUUUGAUGCGGGGGCAAAACCUAAGAUUAUCAAAGAGAUCAAGAGCAUGUUGGGAUUAAGUUUGGUGGACAGUAAAAAGUUCGUCGAAAGUGCGCCAAAGAUGAUGAAGGAGGGUGUGCCAAAGGAGGAAGCCGAGAAAAUUAUUGCAACAUUGAAGGAAUUGGGAGCUGUUGUUAACAUGGAAUAA